UAAACCGGGUCAAUUUUGACUCGCAGGACGACACAAGGAUUAAGGUAAAGGAAGGAAGCGUGGUAUUUUUUAUUUAUUACUUUAUAUAUUUUUUAUGAGAUCCGUUUUACUAGUGCUUGAAUUUGCAAUGACAAUAAAAGCAUCUGAAUGUGAAACUAAUGUUAAGGAAAGCAGAGACAAUAAAAUACACCUGAUAGAUGAGCUGAUGAAUAAAUAGGACAAGAAACCAGCUGAAAUAUAUUUUAAAAUGUUAUCAAAACUUUGGUUUAAACCAGUGUUAAAACAUGUCAGACUUGCUGGCUUUCCUACAGAGCUUUCAACCACAUCCCAUAGUCCUCCUCUGCAUAUAUAAUUAACUUACAUGUAGGCAACUUCUUGAGCUUUUUACCACAUUUCCUUUUAUUCCUUCGCAGAUGUUUAUUUUUAUUAAAACGUGCCAUGUAGAGUUAGACCAAAUACGUAAAGACAGCAGCUACUUCAGACUAAACAGGUAAAGCUAGCAGCUAUGUUACUAAACACAUAAAGUUAGCAGCUACGUUACUAAACACGUAAAGUUAGCAGCUAUGUUACUAAACACGUAAAAUUAACAAAUCUCUUAGCCUAAACAUGACAGCAUUAGCCAUUUCAUGAUCCUAAACAAGUCACGUUAGCUGCUACAUUGGACCAAAUAUGCAAAGACAGCAGCUACUUCAAUCUAAACACCUAAAAUUAGCAGCUACAUUACAAAACAGGCAAAGUUAUCAGCUGCAUUACUGAACACGUACAGUUAGCAGCUGUUACUAAACAUGUAAAGUUAGCAGCUAUGUUACUGAACACGUAAAGUUAGCAGCUAUGUUACUACACAUAAAGCUUGCAGCUAUGUUACUACACGUAAAGUUAGCAGAUAUGUUACUACACGUAAAGUUAGCUGAUGUGUUACUAAACACAUAAAGUUAGCAGAUGUGUUACUAAACAUGUAAAGUUCGCAGCUAUGUUACAAAACACGUCAAGUUAGCAGCUCUGUUAGCCUAAACAUGACAGCAUUUCAUGAUCCUAAACAAGUCACGUUAGCUGCUACAUUAGACCAAAUAUGCAAAGACAGCAGCUACUUUAGGCUAAGGACCUACAUUUAGCAGCUACAUUACAAAACACAUAAAAUUAGCGGCUACGUUAUUAAACAUGUAAAGUUAGCAGCUACGUUACUGAACUCGUGAAGUUAGCAGCUACGUUACUAAACAUGUAAAACUAGCAGCUAUGUUACUAAACACGUAAAGUUAGCAGCUAUGUUGCUAAACACAUAAAGUUAGCAGCUACAUUACUAAACAGGUAAAGUUAGCAGCUACGUUACUAAACACGUAAAGUUACCAGCUAUGUUACUUAACACGUGAAGUUAGCGGCUACGUUACUAAACAUGUAAAAUUAGCAGCUACGUUGCUAAACACGUAAAGUUAGCAGUUACGUUACUAAAUGCAUAAAAUUAGCAGCUAUGUUACUACACACGUAAAAUUAGCAGCUACGUUGCAAAACACGUAAAGUUAGCAGCUGCGUUACUAAACGUGUAAAGUUAGCAGCUACGUUACUGAACACGUAAAGUUAGCGGCUACGUUACUGAACACGUAAAGUUAGUGGCUACGUUACUAAACACGUAAAAUUAGCUACAUUACUAAAUACGUAAAGUUCGCAGCUAUGUUACUGAACACGUGAAGUUAGCGGCUACGUUACUAAACACGUAAAAUUAGCUAUGUUACUAAACACGUAAAAUUAGCUAUGUUACUAAACACGUAAAAUUAGCAGCUACGUUGCUAAACACAUAAAGUUAGCAGCUACGUUACUAAACGCAUAAAGUCAGCAGCUACGUUACUAAACACGUAAAGUUAGCAGCUAGGUCACUAAACACAUAAAGUUAGCAGCUACGUUACUAAACACGUAAAGUUAGCGGCUACGUUACUAAACACAUAAAGUUAGCGGCUAUGUUGCUGAACACGUAAAGUUAGCAGCUAUGUUACUAAACACGUAAUGUUAGCAGCUACGUUGCUAAACACAUAAAGUUAGCAGCUACGUUACUAAACGCAUAAAGUUAGCAGCUACGUUACUAAACACGUAAAGUUAGCGGCUACGUUACUAAACACGUAAAAUUAGCAGCUAUGUUACCAAACACGUAAAGUUAGCAGCUAUGUUGCUGAACACGUAAAGUUAGCAGCUACGUUACUAAACACGUAAAGUUAGCAGCUAUGUUACUAAGCAUGUAAAGUUAGCAGCUACGUUACUAAACACGUAAAGUUAGCAGCUAUGUUGCUGAACACGUAAAGUUAGCUGCUAUGUUACUAAACACGUAAUGUUAGCAGCUACGUUACUAAACACAUAAAGUUAGCAGCUACGUUACUAAACGCAUAAAGUUAGCAGCUACGUUACUAAGCACAUAAAGUUAGCAGCUACGUUACUGAACGCAUAAAGUUAGCAGCUACGUUACUAAACACGUAAAGUUAGCGGCUACGUUACUAAACACGUAAAAUUAGCAGCUAUGUUACCAAACACGUAAAGUUAGCAGCUACGUUGCUGAACACGUAAAGUUAGCAGCUACGUUACUAAACACGUAAAGUUAGCGGCUACGUUACUAAGCAUGUAAAGUUAGCGGCUACGUUACUAAACACGUAAAAUUAGCAGCUAUGUUACCAAACACGUAAAGUUAGCAGCUAUGUUGCUGAACACGUAAAGUUAGCUGCUAUGUUACUAAACACGUAAUGUUAGCAGCUACGUUACUAAACACAUAAAGUUAGCAGCUACGUUACUAAACGCAUAAAGUUAGCAGCUACGUUACUAAGCACAUAAAGUUAGCAGCUACGUUACUGAACGCAUAAAGUUAGCAGCUACGUUACUAAACACGUAAAGUUAGCGGCUACGUUACUAAACACGUAAAAUUAGCAGCUAUGUUACCAAACACGUAAAGUUAGCAGCUACGUUGCUGAACACGUAAAGUUAGCAGCUACGUUACUAAACACGUAAAGUUAGCGGCUACGUUACUAAGCAUGUAAAGUUAGCGGCUACGUUACUAAACACGUAAAAUUAGCAGCUAUGUUACCAAACACGUAAAGUUAGCAGCUAUGUUGCUGAACACGUAAAGUUAGCAGCUACGUUACUAAACACGUAAAGUUAGCAGCUAUGUUACUAAGCAUGUAAAGUUAGCAGCUACGUUACUAAACACGUAAAGUUAGCAGCUAUGUUGCUGAACACGUAAAGUUAGCUGCUAUGUUACUAAACACGUAAUGUUAGCAGCUACGUUGCUAAACACAUAAAGUUAGCAGCUACGUUACUAAACGCAUAAAGUUAGCUGCUACGUUACUAAGCAUGUAAAGUUAGCGGCUACGUUACUAAACACGUAAAGUUAGCAGCUAUGUUGCUGAACACGUAAAGUUAGCUGCUACGUUAACCUAAACAUGUAAUGACAGCAGCAAAGUUACAUUAAAUACAUAAAUUUAUAAAUAUAUAAUAAUCCUGAUUACAGAACGCCUAUUUAUCAGUAAACACUACAAUUUACCCACAAUGCAUCACAGGGUCGAUGUAGCUCCUAGUCUCCACUCAGACAGCAGUUAGUUUGAAAAGAGUUUAAUAAACCAAAGUUAUUGAUUAACAUUAUUAUAUUCAGGUGAUCCUGUUCGUUAAUGAUCGUGUUGUUGUGUUUGAUCAAUGGAACUGGAGCUGGCUGUGUGUUUGCUCAGGUAGCGUUAGAUUAAGGUUAGAUUAAGGUUAGGGUGGUGUAUGUUGAUGAGAACUGAGUGUGUCAGCAGCUGUCAGCAUUAAUAAUAAUAAUACUUCAUAGUGAGGAGCUGCAGCGUAUCGUGGAGUUCGAGCUCUAAUCUGUGUGUGUGUGUGUUACUGUGUGUGUUACUGUGUGUGUGUUUGUGUGUGUUUGUGUGUGUUACUGUAUGUUUGUAAUUCCUUCUUAUUCUGAGGUUUUAAAUAUCAGAGGAAUGUGAGUUGUGAAAGUUUGUUGGGUGUUUGUAGGUUUUAAAGCAGCGUCUGUUUCCAGGCAGCACUUUGAUUAUUUAUGAAUUAUAUUAUUAUUAUUAUAUUAUUAUUAUUAUUCUGUUCUAUGUCCAGUUGACGUGUAGAAUGAAUCUGUUGCUCUGCCAACAGUCUGACCUGGUUUUAUUUCACUAACGGUAGAAUCAGGUAGAAUCAGAAGUCUGGUGUUCCUGUAAAGACGUUUAUAUAACGGCUGUGUGCAGCAGAAUUCAUCCAUUAAACUGACCUCAGGGUGGAUUACUGAGCAGCACCAGAGGGCAGCGAGCUCUGCAUGAAAAACACAACACAGACACACAAACUGUCCAUAAAAACACAACACAAAGACACACAAACUGUCCAUAAAAACACAAAAACACAACACAGACACACAAACUGUCCAUUAAAACACAAAAACACAACACAAAGACACACAAACUGUCCAUAAAAACACAAAAACACAAAGACACACUAACUGUCCACAGAGACAAAACUACUGCUAGAAGACCACCACAUAGACACAAAACACCCUAAAAGGGUCAAACUCUGACUAAAGAAAAACACAAAACAACCCAAAAAGAUGCACAAAUUGUCCACAAAGACAUAAAUCUCACCACAAACAGAUGAAAACUGAUCACAGGACAACAAAAACCACUCCAAAGAGACACAAAGCAAAAACAAAGUCCCAAAACUGAGCACAAAGACAUGCUAAACGACCAGAUAGAUACACAAAACAACCACAUAUAGACACAAAACCACUGCAAAAAGACACAGAAAUACUGCCAAGAGACAACCACAAAAUGUCUUUUAAAAAGUUGCAUAACAACCUCGAAGAGACACAAAAAACAAGAAUUAGAUGAAAAUGAACACAGAGAGUCAUAAUCUGACAAAGAAAGACACAAAACCACCAGAAAGCAUCUAAUAAAGUGUAUUAAUGGGAGGAUAAAUAGUGAAGUAGUUAAUGUCAGUCUUUGCUAAACUCUUGUCCCCUGUGGGCCUCCGUACUGCGGUGGUUGUGUAACAGUGUGUGUCUGUCUGAGGAGGUGGUCAGUCUGGUCAGCGGAGGGUUAACGAGGCCAUCUGCUCCCAGGAUUAUCAGAUUAUUGUCCGUCCCGUUCUGCUGCUCUGGGAUCAGCUGGUCAUCCUGCUGCAGGUGGAUCAGCUGCUCUGGGUUCAGGUCCUGGUUCAGGUCCUGGGGUCGGGGGUCUGUGGACGGACCGGCACCAUGCUGGGCUGGGUGGGAACCCUGAUCAAUAAGAGCUGGUUGGACCGACAGCGUGGCGGCCAUCAAUCAGACAGGAAGUACCAGCGUGGACGGCCGGUCCAGCGGUCCAGCGCUCUGCUCAGCCCGGCGGUCAUGUUUGGCACCAGAAAGACCUGGGACCUCGGCCACGCCCCCUGCCUGCAGGAGCUCUGGAAGAAAGACGUCUCAUUGGACGCGAGCUCAGUGGACUUCCUGAUGAGUGAUGGUGAAGACGACGCCUCCUUCCUGUCUCUGCCAAGCUCCGCCUUCUCUCAGCGACCGUCACUGAGCGCCAACGAAUCAAACGCACCCAGUCAGAAGCUUCUCAUACAGAGGGUCACCUGGUCGUGCUGGUGGACUCCUGCUAACACCCUUCAGGAUAAAGUCUGUGAGUUUCAGGCUCGUCUUCGCUCUGAGGAAGUCGCCCGCCACCUGCUGCUGCAGCAGCUGCAACACGGCGUCCGCGACAGGACGGCUGUCCAGGUGCUGCAGGAGGAGCCGCCGUCAGGUGUGACGGUGUUUCAGCCAGGUGAACCUUCACACCAACUCAGCUGUGCAGACGAAGAGCAGCUCGUUACCCGGCUGCACACACAGGUGGAGGAGCUGGAGGAGAAGCUGCUGGAUCAGACCCAGGAGGUGGAGAGACUUCGCUCUGAGCUGGGGGCGACAGACCUGGAGAAGCAGCUGGAGCUGCUGCUGGUGGAGAACGAGCAUCUGAAGCAGGAGCUGAAGUCAUGCAGGAGCUCAGAGCUGAAGCUCGACGCUGCUGCAGAAAACUGCAGCUGCAGUCGCUGUCCCCACAGCCAGGAUGCCGACGCCCUGCGGAGGGAGGUGACCCGCUGGGAGAACCAGGCCCGGCAGAGGGAGCGCCGGCUGGCUGAGCUGGAGAAGGAGCUGCUGGAGAAGAGCAGCCGGGUGGAGGACCUGCAGCAGCAGCUGGAGGAGACCACCAGGCAGCUGGAGGAGACCACCAGGCAGCUGGACGAGGCCGGACGGAGGCAGCUGGAGAACCAACAGAACCUCAGCCUCCGACUGCAGGAGUGUGAGGAGCAGCUGGCCCGGCAGGCAGCCACGCCCAGAGUCCAGUUUGUGACCCAGACGGUGGAGGUGGAGUCGGCCGACACUCAGAAGGUUCUGGCCGAGAUGCAGCUGAAGAACGGAGCUCUGCAGGAACAGCUGACGGUCCAGAGGCAGCUGCUGAGAGAGCUGGAGACACAGCUGCACGAGUCCCAGAGGACCUGCACCCAGCUCAGGACGCAGCUGAUCGCUGAUCGAGGUCGUCUGUGCGACCUGCUGUCGAAGGCCGUCGGCCGGGGCAACAGCCCGGUGGUCCGCAGGUUGUCCAAGAUCCUGGUCUAUGAAGGAGAGAUGGAGCGAGCUCAGGGCCAGCUGGAGGCCGAGAUGCAGAACCUGGAGGAGGAGAAGAACCGGGUCAUUGAGGAGGCGUUUAUCCGAGCUGAGAGCGAGAUGAAGGCCGUCCACGAGAACCUGGCAGGUGUGCGUAUGAACCUGCUGAGCCUCCAGCCGGCCCUAAGGACACUCACCUGCGACUACAACUGUCUGAAGAGGCAGGUGCAGGACUUCCCCUUCAUGCUGGAUAAAGCCAUCACUGAGGCCAAGCAGGAGAUCUGUCAGGUGAUCAGUGAGGUGAGCAACGCUAACCAGGAGCUGCUGAGAAAGUACAAGAGAGAGAUGAACCUGAGGAAGAAAUGCCACAACGAGCUGGUCCGACUGAAAGGUAACAUCCGUGUUUUCUGCCGUGUCCGGCCGGUCAGUCAGGAGGAGCAGGACUCCGCCGACGCCAAAACCAUGCUGAGCUUCGACUCGGAUGACGACGCCAUCCUCUACCUCUCCAACAAGGGCAAGAUCAUGACCUUCGAGCUGGACAAAGUGUUCCCUCCUCAGGCCACGCAGGAGGAGGUGUUUCAGGAGGUCCAAUCACUGAUCACGUCCUGCAUCGACGGCUUUAACGUUUGCAUCUUCGCCUACGGACAGACGGGUUCUGGGAAAACCUACACCAUGGAGGGCGUGGCCGACGAUCCCGGCAUCAACCAGCGAGCUCUGAGGCUGCUGUUCUCCGAGGUGACGGAAAAAGCUCCAGACUGGGACUACAAGAUCAGCGUCAGCAUGGUGGAGAUCUACAACGAGACACUGCGGAACCUUCUUGGUGAAAAUCCGACCGACAAACUGGACAUUAAGAUGAAUCCGGAUGGCAGCGGACAGCUUUACGUUCCCGGACUGACGGAGAUCACGGUCCAGAGUCCAGAAGACAUCAACCGGGUGUUUGAGCUCGGUCAUAUGAACAGAGCGACGGCCUGCACCAACCUGAACGAACACAGCAGCAGAUCCCACGCCCUGCUCAUCAUCACCGUGUCGGGAUUCAACGUCGCCACGGGCAACCGGACACAAGGUAAGCUGAACCUGGUGGACCUGGCCGGCUCGGAGCGGAUCGGUAAGUCGGGCGCUGAAGGAAGUCGUCUGAGAGAAGCUCAGUGCAUCAACAAGUCUCUGUCGGCGUUGGGUGAUGUCAUCAACGCGCUGCGAGGAAAACACUCCCACGUCCCGUUCAGGAACUCCCGGCUCACCUACCUGCUGCAGGACUCUCUGAGCGGAGACAGCAAGACGCUCAUGAUGGUGCAGGUGUCUCCGCUUCCCGCCAACAUGAGCGAGUCCGUCUGCUCGCUGAAGUUCGCCCAGAGGGUCCGCAGCGUGGAGCUCAGCGCCUCGUCGUCACGGAGACACGAGAACUCGUCCACGUCGUCAUCGCCGACACACGACAGCGUAGAGCUGGACUCCCCCCCGGUCACCCCCGUCCCCCUCCCCAUCUCUCGGGCCAGCAGCGCCGGUUCCACUCUUUCCUCGGCCUCCAGAACUCCCAGCAGCUCCAGGAGACGCUCCCAGUCCCAGCUGUCCACAGGUCUGAACUGUAAAGGAGGAAUUUUCCAGGAAGAGCCGCUGUCAGUCUGUCCUUCUUCUUCUGUGUCCUCAUUCUGUGGUCUGAUUGGUUGGUUUGCAGACAGACAGGUAGACAGAGCCAGCCCAUUGGUGGGGGACGGUGGGCAGGACGACUGAAGCUGACGGCCUGAGAGACGCUGGAGGACGUCCAGGCCGGCCAACACCUCGAGGUUCAUCACCUCCUCAGCACCACGGAGCAAAGACUGCUGGGAACUUUCCUGAGUGAACUCUUCCUCUGUUGCCAAACGCUUGGAUUGCUGUGAUCCUUCAGAAGUUCUCAGCUGCUCCGUCUGGACUAACGUCUUUCUGUCAUUUCCAAAAAUCAGUAUCUGCUUUCCAAUCUCAGUAUUUUAUUGUUUCUUUGUAAAGUUGCACUUUAUACUUUCAGAUUAUUUUCCAGAUGUGGUUGCUUCUAACAUCUGCAUCGAUGGUUCUGUAUUUAUGUUUGACGCUUUAACCUCCAUUUCUGCUUCAUUCUGAUGGAUGUUGCUUGUUGGCAUUUUUUAGGAUGAUUGUUAAAAUUUUGGGAUAAAAAUUCAGACUUCUGACUAAAAUGUCUGAAUUUUUUCCUCCAAAGAACUGAGAUUAAUCUUUUAUGUGUCUUGAAUCCUCUUGUCUUCUGUCUCCUCUCUGUUAAUCUGUUUCAUUUGGUUUCAUUCAUUUCUGGUGGAGGAUGCAGACACAUUAAAAACUACUGUUGGGGAUCUUAAAAUAAAAAGAAAAUCAGAUUUAGGAUUUAAAUCUCUGAAUUUUCCCCAACAAAACAAUGAGAUAGUUUUUUGUGUGUCUUGAAUCCUCUGCUGCAGUCUGUCUGUCCUCGACCUGAACCUUAUUUUCAUCUUUUAUUUUGUUUUGAGUUUUUUUUUCUUUCUGGUCGAGCAUGAGGGCAGGUGAAACAUCCUGGAGAUUAAAAAUUCAGAUUUCUGACUGAAAUCUCAGAUUUUUUUUUUUUUAAACCUUUUUUUCCGUCUGCUUUUGGUUUGGUUUUGGUGGAGAAUGCGGACAGACGACACGUUUUAAGAAUUGUCACUACAUUUUAGAGGUUUUUUCUCCUACCACUGAUAAAUCUCAUGUUUCCAUGUAUCUUGUGUCCUCGUCUCGUUUCCGGAGGCUCCUGACCUCCUCUGUCCAACAGGGUACUCCGCUGACACCAACGUGAGCAAUACGAAGAAUCUUCUCCUGUUUGUUGUUCCAGUCUUCUUCUGCUAAUGUGGAUGUUGGUUUUAUUUCACGCGGAGAAGACAAACCUUUGUCUUCCUUCAGCAUGUUGAACAAAAAGAUGCUGGAAUGCUCUGAACUCUCCUCGACUCUUUCUUGUCGGCUGCUGUCAGACCACAGAGCUGAUGUGUAGCCGUCGCCCGGUGCUGAGCGUUCAGAAGGAAACGUUAGCUGUAGUUGUAGAAACCGGAAUGCUUAGAAAGCUGCUGUGUUGUUGAGCUGAUGAUCAAACUGUCUGCCUGCUUUGUCUGCUGUAGAUUUCUACAGCUUGGUUUUUUUGUAUUUCCUUUUUAAUAAACACAACAAAAUAGACGUAAUAA